AUGGAAGAACAGCUCGAGGGCCCAGGCUCGAAGUCACGCAAGCGUGMGCGAACUGCCGUGGCUUGUCGUCGCUGCAAGGUGCGCAAGCAGAAGUGCGAUGGAGUAAGGCCGAGCUGCGCCAAUUGCGUCAACUCGGACAGUACAUGCGAGUAUGACUUCACCUUUGAGCUCAAUCGCAACCAGGAGCAAUAUUUUCGUGCCCUUCGGAGGGUGAAGGAAUUGGAAGGUGCCCUGGGCCGCUUAACGCAGACGACAUGCAGUCAUGCACCGCCUCUGACAAUGCAUGUCUCGCCGACGCACCCUGAGAGCAGUCAUGAACCUCCUCAGAAUGUGAAUAUCUCGCCGUCCGCCAUGCCAAUGGACCGCCGCUCACCACUUAGUGUGGUCAGCCAAGCAGAACACCGGCCACCGCAGAAUAUGCCAGGUCCACUGGACCGCUCAUUGCCGCACAGCAGUCAUGAAUCUGAUCGGAAUGGCUCGUCACUGAAUACGCCAAACAACUCGCAAGAAACCUCUCGCGGCUUCCAAAACCUGGCAUUUCAAGCGACAGGUGGCUUCGUCAACUCUCCUUCGGAUGAUACCUUCGGACGCGUGCUUCACGCCGUUGUAUCCCGCAAGAAUAGCUUGGAUCAAUCCGCGCAAUCACGUCUAUUGAACCAGAACUUGACACCCAAAUCCUUGGAAAGUGCAGUUCAGCCUGCCUCCCCGGACAACAUCACCCUUGCUGGCAUUCCUGACGUCAUUGCCGAUCGGAUGAUCAACAAAGGCUACUUGCAUUACAUCGCUUUCCUCUGGCCGGUCAUGCAGCCUAAGCAAUUGCAAAGAUUACACUGCAAUAGAGCGGAGCUGACCGAUCGCUUCGAAAUCGCCGCACUCCACCUCGUAUAUGCGGCCGCAGGUCGCUUCCUAGAGACUACGGGAGAGACUGGCAGCUUUAGAUCGGAAAAUCAUUAUCGGUCCGCAAUGGCUUUACUCGGCGAAAUACUGGCGCUCAACGCGAGUGUCCAGACGGUGCAGAUACUGCUGCUGCUCGCCAUGUACGGUCUUCGAGCACCGCGCGGCCCUGGAGCUUGGCCGCUCGUUGGAAUUGCAAUGCGUAUGUGCAUUGAGCUGGGACUGCACAGGAAGAGCACCCACGAACCAGGUAGGGACCCCGAAUCCGACGACCACCUUCGUUGCAUAUUCUGGAGUUGCUAUUGUCUGGAUCGCCAGACUUCUAUCAUACUAGGCCGUCCGUUUGCGGUGGCGGAUCAUGAUAUUGACGCCGAACUCCCGCUGGGCGUCGGCGACGAAUCUCGGAGAUCUUUGACCCCGUUCACACACAUAUGCCGCCUGCGUAUGAUUGAGUCUCGCAUUCAGCAGACUGUCUAUCGUGUGGACAAGGUGGUUGACGCAGCGACCAUGAUUGCCGAGAUCGAAGCAAAUCUGAGACAGCUCGACGUGUGGAAGUCCACGAUCCCGAUGCGAGGGAAUGAGGGCUCAAGCUCAAUUCACAGCCGUGACUCCUAUAUGAUUUAUUACUACCAAGCCAUGCGAUUCUUACUGCAGCCCCGUUUAAUUACGGGCAACGCGGAAGACAAGUUCAUUCUCUUGGCUGUGCAGUCAUGCGGAGGGAUUUGCCAAACGUACAAACGCCUUCAUCAAAGCGUUUCCGUAGGCUUUUCGCUCAUGGCCUUGCAUUCUGUAUUCUUUGCUGGCAUCACGAUACUGUAUUGCGCGUGGGACUCGCCGGCUCUCGUUCUGACAAACGCAACGCGCAAUAUGAUUACAGAUUGCAGCAUCGUAUUGUACAUCAUCACUGAGAGAUGGCCGGGAGCAAAGAGAUACCGAGACCUCUUCGAAGCCGUCAAAGAGCCGCUAUUGGACACCAUUGAGCAAAGCCAAGGGGCACGGCGAUCCACUGUGUUAGGCCUACAGCCUGAAGUAYACAAAGCACUACAUUCGAUGGAGCAACCCGAAUUUUCUGCCAUGUUAACGAGAAUGAUGGGCGAGUCUCCGGUUGCUGAUGAUGCCGCACAUCAGCCCAACAACWCUUUUGGCCACUCGACGAUGAACGAAUCCUCAUACGACCUUGGAGUCAUGCCUGAGCUGGCAUUCGAUUUCUCUUUGCCUUUCGAUAGCUGCGACGUCUCUUCCUUCAAUUCGACUUAUUCGGAGUCGGAUAUGCGUGCWUGGAGUCACAACAUGCACCCGACAGACACUUUUGCACACAGAGAUUCGAGCCUGCGUGAUCGCGCAUGA